ACUCAGAAGAUUCACGUGAUUCUAGCCUCCCGGAUCCCUAGCGGAAGUUCCGUUCACGUGUUGCACCGCUGUAAGCUGAACGAUAAUCGUUUCUAACAGUAAAAACUGAGGGACUCAUAUUAUUUAUUAGUCGAGCUCAUGAUGGACUCGGCUGUGCCUUUCGUUAGACAAAAGCAGAACGCAAAGCGGCGUUUAAGUAAAACGUCGGAUGCGGCCCCACAUGUCACAGAGGAGCACCGUAAACAGAAGAAGCACGCGGCGCUGUGCGCGACCCUGGGCGAGGAGGAUGCGUCUGUCAGGCUGCUGGAGGAGCUCGUGUUCGGCGCGGACGAGCAGGAGCUUACGGAGCGACUCACAGAGGGAACCAACACUUUACUUAAAGACGAUGCCUGCAGCAUUUCUUCAGAGGAUGAUGAGGUGUAUCCACAACAUCUUGCAAAGAAAAAAGCUGUAUGGGAAGAUGACGAUGAUGAUGUAGAAGAAGAUGUGGAUAUGACACAUCGAUUUCGUGUGGACUAUAACAAGAGUGAAGCACAAACUAAAAUGACCAAACAGAAGCUACAGCAACACUUAAAGGAACAGUUUCAGAAAGCAAUGGGUGGAACACCGAACUGGUCAGAGGUGACCACAAGGACGGGAAAGAAAAAGGACGAGGAAUCUGAUGACAGUGAAGAAUUGAUGCAGCGCACCGGUAACUUUGUUGGCUCAUCUGAAAGUCUUCCCAAAGGAAUUAUUAAGAUUAAAAAGUGCUUAAAUGCAAAUAAUGAACGUCCAGGCGAUGACCGGCUUACAACAGUACAGUUUCACUCCUCAGCUCAGAUUGUGAUGACAGCUGGUCUGGAUUGCUCCAUUUCACUCUUUCAGGUUGAUGGAAAGUCAAACCCCAAAAUCCAGAGCAUUCAUCUGGAGAAUUUUCAAGUGAAUAAGGCUUCCUUCAGCGCUGAUGGGGAACACAUUGUGGCCACUGGACUGAGAAACAAACUCUUCUACAUGUAUGAUAUGAUGGAAGGCAAAAUUAUCCCAGUGUCUACUGUUAGAGGACUAAAUGAACAGAGGGUGAAAGACUUUGAGGUCUCUCCAGAUGGGAAGUAUCUUCUUCUCUCUGGAUCUUCAGGAUAUCUUCAUCUCAUGACCAUGAAGACUAGAGAAGUGAUUCAGAGCGUGAAGAUGAAUGGAGAUGUGUGUUCAGCAGGUUUCACUGGAGACAGCAGUAAGAUCUUCAGUAGCUCUGUGGACGGUGAUGUGUUUAUCUGGGAUGUGAGGAGCAGUAAAUGUUUAAAGAAGUUUACAGAUGAUGGCUGUGUAAAGGCCACGUCACUGGCGCUGUCAGGAGAUGACAUGUAUUUGGCGUGUGGCUCUCAGUCUGGUGUGGUGAACAUCUAUUCACAAAAGGAUUGCCUGCACAAUAUUGAGCCCAAACCUCUGAAGGCCGUUAUGAACCUGGUGACACCUGCCACCUCCCUGUGCUUCAAUAACACCUCAGAGAUUUUGGCCAUCGGAUCACGAGCAGAGGACGAUGCCAACCGAUUGGUGCACAUUCCCAGUUUCACAGUGUUCUCCAACUUUCCACAAAUGAGAAAAAAGACAAUAUUUCAAACUCGCUGUCUGGAUUUCUCUCCGAGGAGCGGCUUCUACACUGUGGCCAAUAAUAAAGGCCAUGCACUUCUGUUCAGACUUCUGCAUUAUAAAAACUUUUAAAGCAGUCAGACGACAUUCAGUUUUCUCAGAGAGUGACUUUUGUUGAGACGACUCUUCGUCUUAAAUGUGUCUUUCAUCAGUUCUUGGAUUUUUAUUGUAUUCAAUAAUUCAUUGCACAGACGGUUGAUAGUAAAUUAUCACCCAGAUUUUGAUCUGAAAGAUUCAACUUAUUUGUUGUUCUUAGGUGAUCUUCAAAUAAAAAAAAAAAAAUAAAAACGUA